CAAAAAGCAGCACAGCACACGCUUGAUCUAUGGAUGCUGCUGUAUACGCCGGUCCUGUAGGCGGCGCUGCGGCGCGUCUCUCAGAACAAAUACCGCAGUGAAGAUCCGUGAAGAGCGCUGCUCGUGGAUACAUGAUGGCGCAAAACUCGACGGACAGUAAAUCUGCGGAUCGAGAUGUCGACCAGGACAGCACAGGAUCAGCUUUCAUCGGUUCCCAGACUUCAUCCUCAUCUUCCUCAUCAAUGAAGAGGCAUUGGGACGGUGAUGAUGAUGAAGAUCACUCUUCCAGGAAGAAGCAGGUCACAGAGCAACCGUUACACACUCAGAAAGUGGCCACGCAUUACAACAAACUCCAGGAGUGUGGCCUGGCCGAGCGCAAUAAGAGCAGGAUAGUGCACAUGCGCAACUUCAACAACUGGUUGAAGAGUGUCCUCAUAGCGGAGAUCUUGGACAAGGUGAAGGAAAGACGGAGAGAGGUGACCGUGCUGGACCUGGGCUGUGGAAAAGGAGGAGACCUUCUCAAAUGGAAGAAAGGACGGAUUGAUAAACUGGUGUGUGCAGAUAUCGCUGCGGUGUCCAUCGAGCAGUGCCAGCAGCGCUAUAAUGACAUGAGACGGAGGGGUCACCCGAACGACCGCACCUUCUCAGCUCAGUUCAUCACCGCAGACUGCAGCAGGGAGCUGCUGUCUGAGAAGCUGCGGGACCCUGAGCUGCGGUUUGACGUGUGCAGCUGUCAGUUUGUGUGUCAUUAUUCGUUCGAGAGCGAGCAGCAGGCUGACACCAUGCUGAGAAACGCCUGUGAGAGACUGCGGCCGGGAGGAUUCUUCAUCGGGACCACUCCAGAUGCUUAUGAGCUGGUGAAGCGUUUGGAGGCCUCAGACUCCGACAGCUUUGGGAAUGAAGUGUUCAGGGUGAGCUUCCAGAAGAAGGGGGACUACCCUCUGUUCGGCUGUCAGUAUGACUUCAGUCUGGAGGGUGUGGUGAACGUCCCCGAGUUCCUGGUGUAUUUCCCGCUGUUGGAGGAAAUGGCGAAGAAGUACAACAUGCGUCUGGUUUACAAGAAAACCUUCAAAGAGUUCUUUGAGGAGAAGGUGAAAGAUGAGAAGAACAAGGUUCUGAUGCAGUGGAUGCAGGCGCUGGAGCAAUACCCUCCGGACGAGAGAGGCCAACUAGCGUCCGACAGUCCGGGCGAGUACGACCACGCCAAGAGGAUCGCUGCCAGUCCUGCUGCCAGACGUCCACUGGGAACCCUGAGCAAGUCUGAGUGGGAGGCUACAAGCAUAUACCUGGUGUAUGUGUUUGAGAAACUGUCAUGAGUGUGAGGGAUUCUCCAUCGAGCUGCUGUGUCCGGAUGAGUGAGCCAAAGAUUCGUCUGGUUUCCAGAAGCCUGCUGAGCAUGAUGUCCACUUCACAAACAGUCAAAGAUUUUUAUACAACCGGAGCUUUUCCUUCACGAGUGUGUAUGUGUGUUUUGGAGUACACAAUGCACAUGAUCAAUAUUCUGCGUGAUUAUGUAUUUCUGUUUAUCUGUCAUGGUUCAAGUCAAUCAAUUGAAUAACCCUGCAGAGCUUUCAGUCAUGCGCUCCCUUCGGGUUCGAUCUCUGUAGUAAUCCACCCUUCGCUUCAGGCUUGACUGAAAUCUGUCUUGGAUGUUCUUUUCUGUGUGAAGGGUUGAUUGGUAUCGUCUUUAAUGUUAAUGACCAGGUUGCUUUUUGAGGAAGGAAGUACUUCCUACAAUAAGAAAUGCAGAGCUUUAAUCCAUUCAAGUUGACUCAUUGAUACAUUUUCAAUUUUUUAUUUUUUUGUUCUUGUAAUGAUGGUCUAUUGUGUUUUCUUUUUUAGUAUACAUCAGGAAGGCUGUGUUUUUCAGUCUGUACUCUUCUGAUUUCUGUACGUAGAGCAGUGUUUCUAGUCCUGCAGUUUUGUCAGGCAAUUAAAACCUGUUUAAGGAAUAUUAAACCUGGAGUAUGCUG